AUGCAGGGCAUCUCCAUCUUCUUCCUCGCUGCUUUCGCCGCUUUGAGCAGCGCCGCUGCUAUCAGCGGUGAACACCUGACGGAGCGCUCUUGCGCCGGUUUCGGUCAAUUUUGCAGCGUCGACUCUGACUGCUGUAGCGGUCUCAACUGCUUUGAAUCGACUCACUGCUACCCGGUUUCAUAA